AUGUCUGGAGAUUCAAGUUUGGUGGCCUGCUUGGUCGAACGAUUGUCCAGCAGGCUACCGCACCUCACCGGAACGAGCAACCAAAGUCCCCUUGAAGAUGAAGUGCUACAUAUAACGAGAUCGACACUUGUCGAUCUGAGCAAAUCUUCAAUUGACAUCAUAUUGGAAUCGCUUGUGGGAUUACUCGAAGACCUGGCGCGCCCCUAUAGUACCAUCUCAGAUCAUCCCAGCCAUGUCUUGUCGUCGGAGCUCUUUGUGCUGAGCCUGGCAGCAGAUUGCUGCUCUGCUAAUUGGACUGCGCAGCCCAAUUCACACGAUAAGGACACACCUUUGCCAUCCACUACCCUGGGUGAGCGACUUGUUGGCCGAAUCUUUGACGCUCUCAAGGAUUUGCUGGAGCCUAUAUCCGACAAUUACAUGUUAUCAGCACAAGUACUUUUGGAUCAGGGUACUGGAGGCGGCGCAAGUGUGACAUCCUCACCCAUGGAGCCGCAGCAAGAUGCAUACCACGACGAUUCCGAUGCUGAGCGCCACCUUUCUUCAUAUUUUGAUCAAAUCGAAACACCCGUCAAGAUACUUGUGGGAUAUGUCACAGCGUCCAGCUGGUCAGAUUCGUUUAGCUACCUUAGAGAGGUCAUAUACAAUGUCCGCGUUGCUGCAGCAGUGGACGCUACUACGGAGACUUGGGGCGCCCAAGAGUCGGGGAGAGGGUCGCUCAUUGUUAUGCGGCUUCUUUCCUCCUUCUGGGUUGAUGGCUCCAAGCUUGGUCUCAUCAUACAGGAGAUUUGCUCGAGCUUUCUUCACUUCCGAAAAUCAUAUCAAAACACUGUCGCUGCUACCAUGCCUUUAUUAAUAGCUCGAUGGAUUGAUCGAUAUCCGCAAGAAUUUGUCCAUCUCCAUCUUCUCCAUAAACGGCUUGACGGAGGCGCGGAUACCCUGUUUGAUAUGACACAAACUGUGACUGACAAUGGUAGACGCAAAACUUUUCUGUUUCCUCUCCAAACAACCCUUCUUUUCCUUAUGCCUGACGUUUUCGAGGUUGCUAGUAACUUAAGGGAGGCUAAGAGCAACAAUAUCAUGAAGAAGGUGUCAUUUCUGGACGCAUUGCGUAAAACCAUGAAAAAUGGAAAUGAGCAAGCUGGAUACUGUGUCAUCUCUCUGCUCCGCGCUGCUCGGCAUUUCAGUGCAGAAAUCGAUUCUGCACUUUUCAGUUAUGCCAUGGAUAUGCAGGACGAAGUACGGGACGCAGUAUUUCGCCAUUCCGCGACAAAUUCACCUUCUGCCCAGUUUGACCAGAAUAUGAUUACUGCUGCCUUCAUUACUCUAGCGCAUCUAAACUUGGAUGUGUGCAUUGAUACUGUCCUUGAUACUUGUAUCUCGCCUUCGUCACCGCAUAGUUUCAAAGUUGCUGUUAUCCAAGCAUGCUGUUACCUUGCGAAUCAAUCGGACUCUUCCAGAUAUAACGAGCUCUUCAACGAGGCUCUUCCUUUUAUUCAGUCACAACUAAAGACUUGUGUUGCUGUCUCAUGGGAUUCGGCGGCGAAUCUCAGUAAUGAGGUCAUCAAUAUGGCGCGCAGCAUCCUCAAGUUUCUCGGCGCUCUGCCUACAUCUUUAUUGAAUGAGCUUAAUCGUCAGACGCCGACUCUUGACACGUUAGGGCCAUUUAUAUUCACCGUAAUAUCCUCCAACAAAUCCAUUUGCCAGACAGCAACCGAAGUUGCUGAGCGACUCUUUGCAGAGCACCCAGAAGCUAUCAAGUCUUUCAACGAACAAAGCCAUCCCGAUAUACUUGAACUGCGUGAGGCAUUCUGGACUCGAAGCUCCAAGGUUUUGCUGGAGUUGUGUGAACGAAUGGUUCAUCCUAGGCUAUGUGAAUUAACAACAAUGCACGACUACCUCAAAGCUCGACUUACUUUAUUAAAAAACAUACCGGAAUUAACUCGCCUUUCUGAUGAGCUUCCAGACAUGGUAGCUGCCUCGUCCAAAUUAGAGACUGUUCUUCUGGUAUCUCUUUGCUCCGCUGACAUUGAUGUCUGUCAGCUUGUGACGUCUUGCAUUGGCCUAUUUCUGGCAGAAUGCUCUUGUAUCAGUGAAUUUGCUGAAUCUAUCAAGUCGUCAGCCUCAGUCCUUCGCAAUGGCGAUAUAUUCCGUGAGAUUGCUUCUCCAGCUUUUCGAUUCACAGGACUAGUCGCCUUUCAAAAACGAAUUCGAACUUUCCUGCGUCGCGUACAGUUUCCCACAUUAGGCAUACUAAACGCUUGGGAAAUCGCGUUUGAUCGUUGGAUUUAUUUGGUUCAAAAAGUAUCUACAUUACAUCCAAAUUCUGUCGAUGACCGACUAUUGUCGGAGUGGCGAAAUCUUUCAGGCUUCCUCGCAUCCCUUGGAGGAGCUUGUACCGCCGACCAAGCUAUUAUCUUGGAAGAACCAUCGCUUCAGAAUCUAAGGUGGAUAGAUCGGUCCUCAUCGGAGCAAUCUGAGGAGCCCUCUCUCAAACGUUAUCUCAAGUUAGCUAUCCAGCUCCUAGCGUGUGCGAACGUCAGGGUCCGUGAAGCUAUGCGCGAAAUUCUUUCCAGCGAAGUGUCAUCGGUUCUCUAUCCUGCCCUAUUUAAGGCUCUCGAGUCAGAGCUAGAAGUACUCUUUGCAGGCGUCCUCGCUCCGGCAGACAAAGCUCAAGAAACGGACAUCAUAUUUGCGGAGCAGGCCGCUUCCCUGCUGAAGACUUUGGUCGAAAGACUAGAAAUCCCUGCUGAUUUAGGGGCCGCCUCGUCAGUUCACUUGGGUCUCAUGACAUUGAACUUUGCGAAGUUCAUCGACGGGAUUGCAGACACUGCAAAUACUCUGCGAGUCAAGAUAAGAGUCUGUCAAUUGUGUGAAGCAGUAACGAAGAGAAAGGAGCAUUUGAACCUUCGCGAUGACGUGCACAUUCGAAAUCAGCUCCUUGAGUACACCAUUGGCUGGAUAGAUCGACCACGAUCACCACAUGUGGAUCAGACCGGUGUAGGCGGGAAACCAGAUGAUAUGAACAGAGUUCAAAAGGAUCUUGAUAAAGCUUGUUUGCGAUCUCUCGCAGAUCUCACAUUUCGUCUACCUCUGCAGCCCGCUGACAGUCAAUCGGAUGUCGGAAUGAGCGAGAUGAAGUCCCAGAUGUUCCACACCUAUUUCAACCGAUUUCUUUCUCUUCUUAACCAUGAGUCUGCCGAAAUAAGCAGAUCGGAGCUCUCUGCAACCCUAGCUGGCCGAGAUGAAGUGAUCUCCAAUUCAGACUUGGCCAUUACCAUUCUCUCUAACCUCCUCAGCGCAAAUAUUGAUGUCGGUCUUAAGCAUUCAAUCAAUAUCGGGUAUCACGACAAUGUUGAGAUUCGAACGGCAUUUGUCAAGGUUCUCUUUAACAUCUUAGUUCAAGGAACUGAGUUCAGCAAUCUGACAGACUCAGCUGUUAGCAAAAAAUAUGAGGAACUUUUAGAGCUACUUACAAAAGAUGUAUCGCUCCCUGCCUCAAUGAGUGCAAUCUGUCCAAGUACAGAAGUUGAUGAACUUACUAUUUGCCUUCUAACGGUAUUUGAACAACGAGGUCUUAUAUUCGAGCUGUUCGAGGCACUUAUCAGGGCAGAAAUCGACCAAACUGAAAACGAGACGGAAAUUUUACGCCGAAAUUGCGUUGCAACCAAAAUGCUCUCUGUCUACGCUAGGUGGAAAGGUUUUGCUUAUUUACAAGGAACUCUUCACAAGGUGCUAGAACGACUCAUGCUCACCUCCCAGGACUUAGAUUUGGAGCUUGAUCCGACCAGAGUUGGCACACAGGAAGAACUGCAAAAAAAUGCUCUUCAGCUGCAGAUAGUUGCGAAGGUUUUCAUGGACGAUAUAUGUGCUUCUGCUUCCAAUAUACCCCCUUCGUUCAGGAAAAUAUGCAGCAUAAUAUCCGACGCUGUUUUGCACCGUUUCCCGAACGCCAAAUACACUGCAGUUGGUGCCUUCAUCUUUCUCCGAUUUUUCUGUCCUGCAAUCGUUGCCCCCGAAGUAGAAGGACUUGUGCCAACACCGCCGUCAAAGGAAAUGCGCCGAGGAUUACUGCUCAUAGCCAAAAUAAUCCAAAAUUUGGCUAAUAAUGUUCUUUUUGGAACAAAGGAGCCUUACAUGUUUCCACUUAACCUCUUCUUAGUCCAAAAUAUCCAUGUCGUAAUGGGCUUUCUGCGUGAAAUAUCUAUCCCACCAAGUCAGAUCGAAAUCAGUAGUAACAAAAAGGCCAUCGAUUUCGGGUCAUGCGUGGCCUUGCACCGAUUCCUCUAUGACCAUUGGGAUCACCUUCAGCAGAUCCUUGUCUCCAAGGACAGGAGAGAGUUCGUCAGAUCUCCUGGGGAGCAUCCUCGCGGUCGGUCACCGGCCAUGGAACCUCUACGAAAUUUGAUUGCAAAUCUUGGCCCACCUCCUUUGGCUAUAUCAUGGAACCGGCCACAAAUUUCAACAAACAGUCCGCCUUUGUAUUCACGAUUCCAGAACUUCAUGCUUCGCAAUGCUUUUCGUGGCACAGAGUCUUAUUUGACAUCUCGUGCUGUGUAUGACGGAGGCGAGAGCAAGGAUGGGCUUUCAAUAAUUUGCAUUAUACUACGACAUAUUGAAGCUGAUAAUAUCGAUUAUGACACUAUGCUCUAUUGUUAUCUCAAGAUUGCUAGCAGGCUUUGGCAUGAACCCUUCGGGCUUUUCAUAGAUGCCACAUGUUAUAAUGGACGGAACGACCCCCAAGAUGACUUCUUCAAAAUGCUCGAUCUUCUUACUCCUUCGGAAUUAACACUUAAUCUGACAAGGAUUUAUGUUUACAACAUGAAUAGCGCCUUUAGGAGAUGCUUCCGACACCUGUUACGGGUAUCCACAAGAUCUGAGAGCAGUGCUUUCCACCCGAGAAACGUGGAAUAUCACUUGAUAGGUAGCCUUCAGGAUCUUCAAGCUCAUUUCCACCUCAGUCAACUCCAUCUUCCUAAGGAAACAAUCAGUGUUGUUACCGAUACUCGCUACAUGUUCCAGCCCAUUACGAGGCUCUCAAAGUCAAAAGGAAAAGUAGAAGUGGUGAUCAAGGUUGGAAGCCAGUUUGUCCAAGUAACGACAACCAAGAAACAGGAGGUUUUGUCUGGCCUCCGCCUCAGCACUACUGUCAAUGAUAUUUUCCGCCUCGGGGAUGUAGAAGAAGCAACGACAACACUUCAAUCAGAGGAUGACUCCUCCUUUGGGCUCCGAGCAGAUGGAGGGAAAAUCGUCAUGUACUUCACCAGCCCAAAGAAAGCAGACGUGCUUCAAACCAUUCGCAGUGCCAAAAACAAGCAUGGGAAAGAGAACCGUACAUACAAACCCUUUGAAAGGCUUAUGCGUCCUCAAGACGUACCUGGUACAUUACUCAACCUUGCCUUUACUAACCUAUUGAGCUCGGAUCGUUCUCUAAGAUUGGCAUCAUAUAAUCUGCUUGCAGCCUUGUGCAGAGCCUUCAAGUUUAGCGCUGAUUCCAGAUUAUCAUGUGCGAAAGACAUCUCCAUCCCUAUUGAUCCAACGCGAUUUGUAGUGGAAAUAAGCAAUAUUUUAGCAACUACGCAGCCACAACUCACAUCCGAUUUCUUGACCGAAUUUUUCGUAGGGUGGGAGAGCUUUCCUGAAGAACAAAGGCCUCUCAGCUUAGCUUAUAUGUCACCGUGGCUCACCGGUCUACGAACGAAUGUCUUGACUAGUGAACAAGACAGUGAAAAGGGGCGAGAAAAGGUGGCGACUCUUUUGAGGAAGCUGAUCGAUCUUAUCGUUUUAGAUCCGCACCUUUCUUAUCCUCUCCAACAUUUUGUACUACCAUCAAUAACCAGUGAUGAGCUCCUGCUCGACAUAUUCCUUGAUGAGCUUAUAAAAACUGCCCUACGCUAUGGGGCUCAUGAGGAGUCGUUGGAAGUUAUCUCACCUGUCAUUAUCGGCAUCGGUACUGUUACUAUUCGAGGAAAGAUAUUCUCUAGACUUCGCAAAACACUCAAUCGUUCAUCAUUGAGACCAACAAGAUAUCUACAGGAUAGCCCAGUCUGGGCUGAAAUUUGCGUGCUUCUGCAGUUUUGCGUUGCACUGUCAUUUGAUAGCGGUGUUCAGUCUCGGUUAUUCUUACCUGAAAUUUUUCACAUCGUAACGAUGCUCGCCAACACAGGCGACAAUAGCGUUCGAUCACUCGUCUACAAGCUGUUGGUCAAUUCAGUUCAUUCAGUUUGUACGGCUUUCAACUUGGAUGAGGCAAAACUUACCAAACUGAAAGCAAACCUUGAUCUUCUCUGUGAGCCUCGAGGUGAGGCGUUUUCUUUGACGACUUCGACUAUUCGCGAUGGUGCCUCCGUCUCCACGGCACAUGAUUCGAGCUCAACACUAGCAGCAACUGAAAAUCUUACUGUCAUUUUAUUUGACAUAUGCUCUAUUGCAGCACCUUCUAUUGACUUGGCCAAUAGUUGGAGGUCACGCUGGAUGAGCCUUGUUGCAAGCACCGCCUUUCAAAAUAACCCAGCCGUUCAACCAAGGGCUUUCGCAGUAAUGGGAUACCUAGCCCGUGAAGAGGUAGACGAUGACUUGCUUUACCAAGUUCUCGUUGCCCUACGCAAUAGCAUCGGCCAAUUUGGGGAAGAUGGGAAUAGCGAAAUGCUGAUUUCUAUCGUAACGUCGCUGUCUAAGAUGAUGAUCAAGCUUCCUUCUGCAUCUCGCUACGGUCUUCAACUGUUCUGGUUGGCCAUGUCUCUCGUCCGACUUGUUCCUAUUGGUCUAUUCAACUGCACAGCCCAGUUCCUUGAAGCAGUCUUAACCAACAUUGGCGCUGUUGGCAAUGCUACGGGAGAGAAAAUUGUCCCACUCCUUUUGCAAAGCCGUAGUCAACUCGAGGAAGCCGCAUUGCCGCUUGACGAUGCCUACGGGAUUCAUUUCGAUCACGAGAGUUUUCACUUCGCCGUCUGUGCUUGCCUAGUCCGCGGACUUACUGAUACAUCAACACGCCCAACAGCAAUUCGCGUUCUAUCUUCAUUUUUUGAGAUUGCCAAUUCUACCACAAUACCUCCAGCAGCUAAGAAUGACCCCACAACAGAUUCUUUACCAUACCUUGCUCUUAUUUCAGCACGAGGCGUGCUGCCUGAAGACUACAGAGAUGGCCUUUGGAUAUCCGGCAUUAGUUCAGAGGGCGCCGGCAAUAAUACAACAUUCACUAGCCGACAAAAAAUGGAUAAUGUAAGGGACAAAGAUCUGUUACUCAUCUCGGCUAUCGAAUUAGUUGACUUCCAGUAUCUUGAGGAGCGAGUACAAGUCCGGAGCCUCCAAUGGCUGAAUGAUUUAGCCUUGCAGCGGCCUUUAGUCUUUGAACAACUUUGCGGUGCAAUACCAUCGUUAAUCGAAGAGGUACUGUUACAUAGCCAGGAUACUAGUGCUCUGAAGGCCGCCAAUACGCUACUCCGAACUAUCUCAUCAGAUGCGAAUUUCCAGGAUAAAAUGACCUCGAUGCGUCCACUAAUAGAUGCCUUACGUGAAAUGGGAUUCACGGGAUUAUGGCGAUUCUCUUCUCAAGACCUCGGGGAGGAGAUACGACGCGAAUGUUUCGAUUUAACAGAGAGGUUAAUAGAGUUGAUAAUUAUAUAA